AUGCAAGCGCAGGUCGCCGUCGACGUCGCCGCCGCCGAUGGCCGCGAUCCCAUCAACGCGCAGGCCUCGUCGACGCCCCGCGCCUCCAUGGAGCAUGAGCCGCGCGUCUCGAUCUCGUCCAUCUCGCUGGCCCACAUGCAUCGCGGGACGUCCAACGAGUAUGCAUUCGAUGCCACGUUUGACACGUACCGCCCGUCGCCGCUGCCACCGAUCGAUGGCAGCAACGAACCAACAGCGGUGGCCGGCAACUUGCCACGGUCGCCCGAGCGCAAGUGGCAGCUGGAGACCAUGGUCGACGCCUCGGGGCGGUCGUGCGAUGCGAUCCUCUAUGCGCUCUUUCGCAGCUCGUGGAUCUACCUCGUCGUGCUCGGUGUCAUGGCGUCCGUCACAGCCUUUGGCGUCGAUGCCGCCGUUCUGGGCAUCACCGAGCUCCACGCAGUCGUGACCAACCUCGGCUCCAACUUUCUCUCGCGCUUCCUCCUCUACGUCGGGUACCGCGUGUGCAUCCUCAUGCUGGGCGUGACGCUCACCUUCUUCAUUUGCCCGAGCGCCGCCGGCUCUGGCAUUCCAGAAAUGCGAUCGAUCCUCGGCGGCUUUGUGCUGCCGCGCUACUUGUCGGGUCUCGCGCUCAUCUCCAAGUUCCUCGGCCUCGUGUGCGCGCUUGGAAGCGGCCUCUCGAUCGGAAAGGAAGGCCCUUUCGUGCACUUGAGCUGCAUCAUUGCCAACCAGCUGCUUCGCUUGCCCUUGUUCAAGGACAUCAAGCGGUCGCCCGACCUCACGCACCACGCGCUCUCGGCCGCGUGUGCGGUUGGCGUCACUGCCGCCUUUGGCACACCCAUCGGCGGCGUCCUCUUCUCGAUUGAGGUCACGACGACCUACUACAUGACGAGCAACUAUUGGCGCGCCUUCUUUUGCUCGGUCGUCGGCGUCAUCAUGUUUCGGUGGCUCAACGUGCUCAGCGGCAACGACCGCAACGCAGCGCUCUUCACGACCGAUCUCGACUUUCACUCGGCGUCGUUCGGGACCAUCUUUUCCUCUUCCUUGCGAUCGUUUGCGGCGUCCUCGCCGGUGUGUUUGUUCGGACCUUCUCGUGGUGUGUCAACCAACAUGGGUCUCUGGGGGGCCAAGCCAUUUCGGUAUGCGGCAGCUGUCGGUACGGCCUUUGCGAUGCUCGACUACGCGUACGGCAACUGCAUGCUCCUUGGGAACCGGUCGAUCAUCGACGAUAUGUUUCUCGCCAAGGACCUCGACCACUCCAACCACACGCUUCUGUAUGACAAGUUUGGCACGUACUGGGGCGCGCCGUCCUUGCCGCUCAACCUCUGCCUCUUCUUCCUCGUUCGGUUCCUCGCGACGGCCCUCGCCGCAAGCGUCGGCGUGCCCAACGGUAUCUUUACGCCUGUCUUUGCGCUCGGCGCGGUGCUCGGCCGCCUCUUUGGCGAGUUCCUUGCAUACACGUCGCCCAGCGCCAACAUUGUGCCAGCCGGCUACGCGAUCGUCGGCGCCGCGUCGUUCACGGCCGGUGUCACGGGCACGUUUAGCAUUGCCGUCAUCGUGUUUGAGCUCACGCAGCAGCUCACGUACAUGAUCCCUGUCUUGCUCGCGGUGCUGCUCGGGCGUGCGAUCGCAGGCUUCAUCUCCCUCGACAUGUACGAGACGAUUGCGCGCGACAAGAGUCUGCCGCAGUGGCCCGACCUCACGCGACAGACGUCGUAUGCACUGGUGGCCACCGACCUCAUGCACGCCGUGCCGCUCUCGCACGUCGUCUCCCGCCGCCAGUCGCGGGCGUCGCUGGCUGACUUUUUAGCCAAUGCGCCGGCGGCCGUGCCCCGCUUCCCCGUCGUCGACGACGACAGCAAUCGCAUUUUUCUUGGCGUCAUUGAGCGGGACGAGCUCGAAGCGCUGCUCCAGACAUGGAACCACGUCGUCGACGGCGUCGCCGGCCUCGUGCCCCGGCCGCCCUUUGGCUUCUCGCCACCGAAUGGCGCUGACAAUACUGGUUUUGCAUCGAGUCCCGACUCCGAGUCGGCGGCGAUCACGCCACGGUCGCGGCACAUGGGCCUCACGAGCCAGCUCGCGAUCGCGGGCCUCACAAGCGAUCAGACGCGCGAACUCCGCACGCAAGAGCGCGUCGACCUUGUCGGCUGUGAGCUGCUGAGCCUCGACGCCGAGAACGUCCACGUACACCGCGAUACGUUUGCGUCCAAAGUCAUUUUGCUCAUCUCGGUGCACAAGACGCCCGAGCUCUACGUGACGGGGAAAGGGCGGCUCGUCGGCGUCAUUUACGCCACCGACCUCGUGGCGCGGAGCCGGUCCUUUGCACUCUAA